AUGUCACGCACUACGGUGUACCUGCUACGGGUCGCCCUGGUUUCUUUGCAUCCUAUACUACGACUUCCUCGCAGACAUUGUAUGUGGUAUGUCUAUCGUCGCCUCAUUCCCGCACCCCCUGCACUAUUCCGAGCAAAGCCCACUUUAGAGGUAGGAGUGUGGCCUCAAAUUUCCUGCCUCUUAAACACCGCCCGUGGACUCGGACCCAGCUCUCUGCCUUAUGCGUUUCAACCAUUGAUAUUGGAGUGCUUUGUGUGCCAAGGCAUCAAAAACUGUACUGCAAAACAUACCAGGCUACGAACAGACGCCUCAGGCCCGAACUAUCCAUUCGUCAAUUCUACUGCUGGAGAGCUGCGUCAUGAUGCCGACGCUAAACGCAUCGUCCGCUCCCACGCCAUGAAGGAUUUUCGAGCACGGCAACGACGAGCUCGCAGCUCGCUCGAGGGAACAGCACCGGACACGACUUCAAAGCCAAGCCGAUUGACUCUUGCACUGCGUGGCCGCGAGGGCAAAGGGCAUCUAGUGGAUCUAGAUCCGGAUGACUUUAAAGAAAGCCAACCAACAGACACCACUCCCGUUGAUAGCCUGUCGACACUCAAACCGUCGACAUGGAGUGCUACGACUGCGGGAAUCUUGCAGUCCCCACAACAACUACAACAAAUGGUCGGUCUCUGCCACGAAUGGUUCCGAUGGCUCAGGCCAGACACGCAGUCUGAUCCCAACGGCAACUCCACUGGCAUGAAUGCAGACUUCACAUGCUGCCCGACACUUCUAUGCUCCAUAUAUAUUGCUGCCAUCGCUGGUCUGGAUGCCGCGGACCAUCGCCUGCCAAGUGGUCUCGAAGUCUUGUUCAAGAACAGAGUAAUUCGCGAAAUCCAAACCAAGAUACAGUCAUGCUCACCAGCGAUCAUGGAUCAGACUAUGUCGGCGUUGUUAUUUCUUAUUGCGCACGAUUUCUACAGGGUCGAUUCGAGCGCUGUCACUCAUCUCAGAGGUCUUCGCAGUAUCCUAUGCUUGAAUGUCGAGCGCAAUCCCGGCAUGAAAUGGGGCGCAGGACUGGUCAUUGAGUCCAUGGACCUUUUCAUCGCUUUGUGGCUCGACUCAGAUCCCCUGAUCGUUGUUGAUGAGGAACAGCAUAAGCAGAACUGCAGAUACUCUGCGGAAGACGCAAUUUUCUCUAGCCAGGAAGAUCGCCGAGCACAUGAAGCUGGAGAUGCAUUCGAGGAAAUAGCCCGCUUUCUUGUCUACGAGCAGAUUGCGUCUGUCGAAAAAGUGUUGACCAACAACGCGGCUGUACGGGAGAGAAAGGAAGGCGUAAUCAAAAUACUGACAUCUUUCAACAGUUGUGUAGAUUCACACGGGAAAGGAUGUCGCGAUCUAUACCACUACUUGUCGGACAAAUUGUUUGAGCAACUUGCUGAGUUCUCUGAGAACUUUUGCGAGAGCAUGGAAGACCAUGAAGUUGAGAAUCAUCACUUGGCUCGCGUCGGGCACCAAACUCUGGCCAUUCUAUACAACGUCAUGGUCAACCAACACCCCUUUUCACACAUAACAAACCAAGGAUACGUAAAUGGUAUCGCCAAAGCCAUCUCAGCUCUCGACCAAGACUGGAGGCCCUAUCCAUAUCUUCGAUUCUUUGGACUGCUGACGGGCGCCUGCGCCGCCAAAGAGCAGCGCACCAAGGCGUUCUUCCACACACGCCUUGCCAGAUCUCUCAGAGCGCUGGAGUACUCCGCCUGGCCCGAUGUCAAACGAUUCAUUAUUCAUUUCCGCCACUUCAAGCGCAGUAUCACGCCGCCGCUCGCGAGGCCUGGACGACGACAGAGGAGUUCGUUACUUGUAUCAAACUUGGGGGCUAGCCGGGGUGCUGAAGUCACUCGGCGAGCAAGAUCGCCAGGCAUGGACGAACUUGUCCAGAACGGACCCCUGAUGUGGAACAGUCAGACCCCUGACCAACAGUCCCAGGAGAUCCAUUACGACAGCGCCAUCUUCCAGGAAGCGAUACUGCGCGGUCUGUACUGGAAGACAGAAGCUCAGCCUAGAGCCGUCAUGUAG